CCUGUGGGAGGUCUUCCGAGUCGUUUCACACGCGAUCCCGUUCCGGCCCCAAAUUUCGAAUCAGUUGACCACAGAAUCUCCAUUCACUAGAGCGGCGCAGGGCGAAGUAAUUCCGUGGUAAAACGAGGCCACGAUGGAAGUGAAGGUCGAGGAGAAUGACCUGAAAACCGCCGGUGCUGAGCUCCUAACUGGGGAUGGUCGACGUGGUAUUCGCAUCCGCGGUUGGGAGAUUGAGACUUUGAAACACUCUAUACUCAAGUCCUCCACUGCUCAAGAAUGGGAACAGAAACUUCAGACAUCUCACUUGCCAGAAAUGGUUUUUGGGGAAAAUUCCUUGAUUCUAAAACACGUAAAGAGUGGCACUAAACUUUAUUUUAAUGCAUUUGAUGCUCUAUGUGGCUGGAAACAGGAAGCCCUGCCCCCAGUGGAAGUGCCAGCAGCUGCGAAGUGGAAGUUUAGAAGCAAACCCUCUCAGCAAGUAAUACUAGAUUAUGACUAUACAUUUACAACUCCUUAUUGUGGAAGUGGAACUAUCGAGAUUGAUAAAGAUAAGGACGCAAGUGUUGCCGAGGAACAAUGCAAUCUCAAAUGGGAAGACUGCGAGGAGAAGAUUGAUGUAGUUGCAUUGGCAUCAAAAGAACCUAUACUAUUUUAUGAUGAGGUGAUCCUAUAUGAGGAUGAGCUAGCUGAUAACGGAGUAUCUCUUCUUACUGUAAAAGUGAGAGUCAUGCCAAGUUCUUGGUUUCUUCUCUUGCGAUUCUGGCUAAGAGUUGAUGGAGUGUUGAUUAGACUGAGAGACACUCGCAUGCAUUGUAUAUUUGGUGGUGAAAAUCCUGUUAUACUUCGGGAGAUGUGCUGGAGAGAAUCUACGUUUGAAGCAUUGUCUAUGAAUGGACACCCUGUUGAUUCUUCUGUCUAUAGCGAUCCUAGCGCCAUCAGCAUGAAGCUCCCUGUGGUCAUGCACAAGACCCAAAAGUUAACCAUUUCCGCUUAAUCUGUAAGGUCGUAGAUUCUCAUUAUGCAAAAAAGAUUCAGUCUUAUUCCUAUCUUGUUCGUAUUACAAUUUAUCUCCCCGGAGGAAAAUGACAGGAGGGAACAAAAAGGGGGGGUUCGUUUCUGACUCUAGCUUUUUGUGAGGAACA